AUGGAUGGGAUGAUCCUGGAUGAUGGGGAAGCAAUGCUGACCACUGUACCAAUCAAGAUAGUGGGAGAAGAAGUAGGGAUCAAAAACCCUGAGUUAAGAGCAGUUAAGCUAGAGGAGAAGAUGCAAGGGAAAAAAAUGCUGCUAACUAUCGUAAAGCUUAAAAAACCAAGAGUCUACCAAAAAUCUAAAAAACCCAAAAGGCACCAAAAGAACCCAUAA